AUGGGAUUUUGUUUUCGUUUCUUCAUCAGUGACUUUUUUGAACGAACCAUUCUGUGCAACAGCCUUGUGUGGAGCUGUGCUGUGACGGGUAGACCUGGACUGACGUAUCAGGAAGCACUUGAAUCCGAAGAAAAAGCAAGACAGAACCUGCAGAGUUUCCCAGAGCCACUAAUUAUUCCAGUUUUAUACUUGACCAACCUUACCCAUCGUUCACGCUUACAUGAAAUUUGUGAUGAUAUCUAUGCAUAUGUCAAGGACCGAUAUUUUGUUGAAGAAACUGUGGAAGUCAUUAGGAACAAUGGUACAAGGCUGCAAUGUAGAAUCUUGGAAGUCCUCCCUCCGUUACAUCAGAAUGGUUUUGCUAACGGACACAUGGGCAGUGUUGAUGGAGAGACUAUUGUCAUCAGUGACAGUGAUGAUUCAGAAACACAAAGCAGCUCUUUUCAACAUGGGAAGAAGAAAGAUGCAAUUGAUCCCUUAUUAUUCAGGUACAAGGUGCAGCCCACUAAAAAGGAAAUGUAUGAGUCUGCUGUCGUGAAAGCAACACAAAUCAGCCGGAGAAAACACCUAUUUUCUCGUGAUAAACUAAAGCUUUUUCUGAAACAACACUGUGAACCACAAGAUGGAGUCAUUAAAAUUAAGGCGGCAUCUCUUUCAACAUACAACAUAGCAGAGCAAGACUUUUCUUACUUCUUCCCUGAUGAUCCACCGACAUUUAUCUUCAGUCCUGCUAACCGACGGAGAGGAAGACCUCCCAAACGAUUAUCUCUUGGUCAGGAAGACAGCAUUGCUGGUAAACAGACUACUGUAGGGUGUCGGAGCAAAGCCACUAAAGAAAGAGACAAGCUUUUGAAACAAGAAGAAAUGAAGGCACUGGCUUUUGAAAAGGCUAAACUAAAGCGAGAAAAAGCAGACGCUUUGGAAGCAAGAAAAAAAGAAAAGGAAGAUAAGGAGAAAAAGAGGGAAGAAUUGAAGAAAAUUGUAGAAGAAGAGCGACUGAAGAAAAAGGAAGAGAAAGAGAGACUUAAAAUAGAAAGAGAGAAGGAAAGAGAGAAAUUACGUGAAGAAAAGCGAAAAUAUAUGGAAUACUUAAAGCAGUGGAGUAAACCCAGAGAAGAUAUGGAAUGUGAUGACCUUAAGGAACUUCCAGAACCAACUCCAGUGAAAACCAGACUACCUCCUGAGAUCUUUGGUGACGCGCUGAUGGUCUUGGAGUUCCUUAAUGCAUUUGGGGAACUCUUUGAUCUUCAAGAUGAGUUUCCGGAGGGAGUAACCUUAGAAGUGUUAGAGGAAGCUCUUGUAGGAAAUGACAGUGAAGGCCCACUGUGUGAAUUGCUUUUUUUCUUCCUGACUGCAAUCUUCCAGGCCAUGGCUGAAGAAGAGGAGGAAGUAGCCAAAGAGCAGAUAACUGAUGCUGACACCAAAGAUUUAUCAGAGGCUUUGGAUGAAGAUGCAGACCCCACAAAAUCUGCACUGUCUGCAGUUGCGUCUUUGGCCGCUGCAUGGCCACAGUUACACCAGGGCUGCAGUUUGAAAAGCUUGGAUCUUGAUAGCUGCACUCUUUCUGAAAUCCUCAGACUGCACAUCUUAGCUUCAGGCGCUGAUGUGACAUCAGCAAAUGCAAAGUACCGAUAUCAGAAACGAGGAGGAUUCGAUGCUACAGACGAUGCCUGCAUGGAGCUUCGAUUGAGCAAUCCCAGUCUGGUGAAAAAACUGUCCAGCACGUCUGUGUAUGAUUUGACACCAGGAGAAAAAAUGAAGAUUCUUCAUGCUCUCUGUGGGAAGCUCCUGACCCUAGUUUCUACCAGGGAUUUCAUUGAGGAUUACGUGGAUGUAUUACGGCAGGCCAAGCAGGAGUUCCGAGAGCUCAAGGCAGAACAACACCGCAAAGAACGAGAAGCCGCGGCCGCUAGAAUCCGUAGACGGAAGGAAGAAAAACUUAAGGAACAAGAACAGAAAAUGAAAGAGAAACAAGAGAAGCUGAAGGAGGGGGAGCAGCGGAGGUCAGCGCCAGACCUCGGGGAGGAAGGACGGGAAGAUUUUGACACUAGUACUGAGAGCAAAGAAACAGAGCGGAAAGACCUGGACCCUGAUGUGGUUACUGAGGAUGAGGAUGACCCCGGGUCCCAGAAGAGGAGCAGAAGAGGGAAAGCGGGACAAAAUGGAGUUAAGCAGUGUGUGAAGCAGGAAGAGAUGAGCUGCUGUAUAAAGCAGGAGCCUCUUCCUGCUGACGCAGAGGAGGCCGUGAGACAGGAGCAGCAGCAGAAAGAGAAAGAACUCCUCGGCAAGAUCCAGAGUGCCAUCGCCUGUACCAAUAUCUUCCCUUUGGGGCGAGACCGCAUGUACAGGCGAUACUGGAUUUUCCCUUCUAUUCCUGGUUUGUUCAUAGAAGAGGAUUUUUCAGGUCUCACUGAAGACAUGCUGUUGCCUAGACCUUCAUCAUUUCAUAAUAGUGCACAGUCUCGUGAUCCUCAGGUGUCUGUUAAAACUGAAGAGCCCUUCAUGUCUGAAUCUACCUCCAGCCUUGACCAAGGUCCAUUCGACGAUUCUGUACUGCUGCCAAAACCAGUGCGUAAGCCAAAUCGGUGGUGCUUUUACAGCUCUCCGGAGCAGCUGGAGCAGCUCAUUGACGCUCUCAACUCCAGGGGGCACAGAGAAAGUGCCCUAAAGGACACCCUGCUGCAGGAGAAGAGCAGGAUAUGUGCGCAGCUGGCCCACUUUUCUGAAGAUAAAUUCCACUUUUCAGACAAACCUCAAGCUGAUAGCAAGCCUAUUUCUUCUCGGGGACGAUCUUCCAAUGCAUGGGACACAUCACAGAUGUCUGCAGAGAGACAGCUGGAGCUGCGCCUCCGAGACUUUCUCUUGGAUAUUGAAGACAGAAUCUAUCAAGGGACAUUAGGAGCAAUCAAGGUUACAGAUCGACACAUCUGGAGAUCAGCCUUAGAAAGUGGACGAUAUGAGCUGUUAAGUGAGGAAAACAAAGAGAAUGGAGUAAUUAAAACUGUGGAUGAAGAUGUAGAGGAGAUGGAAAUUGAACAAGCAAGGGUCAUAGUGAGAGACAGACUUUUGGGGGUUAAAACAGAAACUCCAAGUACAGUCUCAACCAACAGCAGUACACCACAGUCGGUGAGCAGUGUGGUUCAUUAUCUGGCCAUGGCCCUCUUCCAGAUAGAGCAGGGCAUCGAACGGCGUUUCCUCAAAGCUCCGCUUGGUAACACAGAGAUUAAUAAAGAUCAAAAGGGAGCUAGAAAAAGAAAGAGCACGAAAAAGAGAGAGGACGGUCAAUCUAGUGUGAGAGAUGAUGGCAGUGACAUCGGGCGCUCUUAUAAGACUGUCCUGGACCGUUGGAGAGAGUCUCUCCUUUCCUCUGCUAGCCUGUCCCAAGUCUUCCUUCAUCUGUCAACCUUGGAUCGAAGUGUGAUGUGGUCGAAAUCUAUACUGAACGCACGUUGCAAGAUCUGCCGGAAAAAGGGAGACGCUGAAAACAUGGUGCUCUGUGAUGGCUGUGAUCGAGGGCACCACACCUACUGCGUCCGACCAAAGCUUAAGACCGUUCCUGAAGGAGAUUGGUUUUGUCCAGAAUGUCGGCCAAAGCAGCGUUCCAGGAGACUUUCCUCUAGGCAGAGACCGUCCUUGGAAAGUGAUGAAGAGAUGGAAGAGAGUAUGGAAGAGGAGGACGACAUCGAUGAUGAUGAUGACGAUGAUGAAGAGGAGGGCCAAAGUGAGGAGGAAGAAUAUGAGGUAGAACAAGACGAAGAGUACUCUGAAGAAGAGGAGGAACUCAGCCCACCGAAACGAGGAAGACCACAAGUUAGAUUGCCGAUUAAAACGAGAGGGAGACUUAGCUCUUCUUUCUCAAGCCGCAGCCAGCGACAGGACCCUGGAAGGUACCCUUCAAGGAGUCAGCAGAGCACACCCAAAACCACUGCGUCUAAGACUGCCACCGGCAGGAGCCUGAGGAAGAUCAGAUCUGCUCCUCCUACAGAAGCGCGCUCUUUAAGGAUUGCUAGUCGGUCCACCCGCCACAGUCCUGGUGCGCUGCAAGCAGACGUGUUUGUGGAACUGCUGAGUCCUCGUGGAAAACGCAGGGUGCGCAAGAGUGCUGACAUCACCCCGGAACACAGCCCCAGCUUCUCCAACUUCAGAGUCAGCACGGCCAGGUCAGGCGGACAGUUGACACCUUUACCUGCGGCCACAGGCCAUUCUCUGCAGGACAGUGACUCCAAGAGAAGGGGCAGGAAGAGACAGUCUACAGAGUCGUCUCCAGUACCACUGAAUCGAAGAAGUUCCGGCCGACAAGGAGGUGUCCAUGAACUGUCUGCCUUUGAACAACUUGUUGUGGAAUUGGUACGCCAUGAUGAUAGCUGGCCCUUUUUGAAACUUGUUUCUAAAAUCCAGGUCCCAGACUACUAUGACAUCAUUAAGAAGCCCAUUGCCUUAAAUAUAAUUCGAGAAAAAGUAAAUAAAUGUGAAUAUAAGUUAGCAUCUGAGUUCAUCGAUGACAUUGAGUUGAUGUUUUCAAACUGCUUUGAGUACAACCCUCGGAACACAAGUGAAGCGAAAGCUGGGACUCGGCUUCAAGCGUUUUUUCAUAGUCAAGCUCAAAAGCUUGGACUCCAUGUCUCCUCCAGUAAUGUGGACCAUGUUAGCAUGUUAGCUGCGAAAAAGUCCCGGGUCUAGUUGUAUCCUUCUCCAGGCUGUAUGAGAAGAAAAACAUGAAUCGUUCAUAAAAAUGGAACAUUAAAUCAUGCUCUAAAGCAGAUAUGUGUAUAAAGCAAUAACAGCUGGUCAACCACACCCGAGUGUGGCCUGCACUAUAUUCUCAACUUUAAUAUUAAGCACUCAGGAGAAUGUAGGAAAGAUUUCCUUUGCUACAGUUUUUGUUCAUAUCUACUAAGUUUAAUAGAUGUAUUGGAUAAAGUACUGGUUUACAGAGGUUUUGUACAUUUUGAGAUCAUUCAUGUGUUCAGGUAUCCUGGAAGAUAUUUUUUGAUCUAUGAUUUAUUUUGCCAUUGACCUUUUAGGAUUUAUCCACACAGACGAGGCUCCUAGAGCAGUGUAGAGAACGUGUGUGUCUUGAGACUUGUUGAAUGAGCACAUUGUUGCAACACUACACAUGAGUGAACCCAGUUUUCUAUCCCUGACUGCUGUAGCCAGUGCCGACGGAAUUUAUGAACUAGAUAUUUAUUUUAGCAUUCAGAGUCAUUUGUGAAUUUGUUUUGUAUUUAUAAAAUUUAUACUUGGAAAAUGUUCUUUAAUUUUUUUAACAUUUUACUAUGUUUUGUUUUAUUUCUCAAACAUUCUUAAUGAUUUAAAAAAUAAAAAUAAAUGUCCCCCUCUCUCCUCAACAGUCCCCCAGUUUUACAAAUGAUAAGUUUCUGUGUACAACUUUUCUAAGUGUACAAAUAAAAUGAUACAUUUUUUCAUGUUUUCUGAA